UCACCCUUGACAGCCAUCGUUCGUAGCACAUCUUCGUUACACUGCGAACUUGUUGUAUUCUAAACAAAUAAGCAGACGACAUCUGAACCCUUUCCCUAACUCCUGUUUGGGUUGACGUCGCCGUAGGUUCCCGCAGCGAUCCCUGCCGCUGUAAUUGGUGCCUAGCUGCCUGCCUGUCAAAGAACGGGAAUAGAGCCACCUCACGCAGAUAGGAGGCCUGCGUAGGCCCAGGGAUAGAACCAUACACUUAGCAGUCAAUGAGCUUGCGAAUUAGUCAAAAGACCGACUCACGCUCAGACCCCAACCCGGAGAGUCCUCAGUUAUUCUCCUUUUCGCAGCUGCCUGCCCUGAGGCGCCUGUCUCACCAUACACUGUUAUUUUAACAUAAGUACGAGCAAUGUCGAAAAAUUUCGUCUACGGUUGCAAUUUAACUGUUGUGAAAUAGAGCUGAUAGACAUAGAGAAAACCUCACCGGAGCGGUGUCGGCGUCAAAAAAAUAAUCAGCAUGUUACUAAGAACGCUAAAUAAUGCAGUUAGUAAUUACGGCAGAUGCAAGUGACAAAAAGUAUUACUAAAAGAGUGACCAGAUUUCGCAAAGUGCAGUCCUACUCUUGUCGGUACGGUGUCUUGCUCGUUCCGUCCUGCCUGCGUUGUGUCUGGGUAGGUGGAUCAAAGUGGCAGCAUUGCUGUGUACAUCAAUACAUGUGUGUCUGUUUAUACUUUAUUUGGAUGUUAAUGACAAAAUAAUAAUAGGAAGAAGAGGAGCGACAAAGAUAAGGAGUGCUUCUUAUAUUCGAAGUGAACACGCGAUUUGUAUCAAAGGCCAGUGACAUCCCAUCUAAUACCACGAAAAUACCAAAGAGAAUGCUGAUUUUCGCUACUUUGUGAAUGAGUAAACCAUCAUUGUUGAUGGUGGCGAGUGACGGCUAGGCCGUGUGCGCUUUUGCCUUUGGCGCUGGCUUAGAGGAGGGUAGCAGAGUCCAGCUGUCGGGUGACGGCAACACAGUGAACUUUUCGAAGCGCGAUACACCCAGUAAAGGGAAUAACAACUAGUUCAACUGGUGUCUUGCCAUCGGCUAGAGCGGUGGGGUGUUCUUGUCAGUGUACAUAGUUUCGGAUAGAUAGCAAUUCACAGACCGUCGGACAAGAAAGAUUUGCGAGAAGUGGCUGACAUGGCGGUAAAACUUGACGGUAGUGACAGCGCCAGUAAAUAGAUGUGUAGAGUAGUUGUAGUGGAACGGCGAGGAACUUGUAACAGGUCCGAUCAACGGCCUGCUUACUGGUUCAUCCGGCGCCAGCUGGAUGAACUGCCCGUUCCGACAAAACACGCUACUUCGCUGAUUGCGUUUAGAAAGACCUCUCGGCAGUUAUGAACGUUUGAUUGCUGGUACAGGGUCUGCCGCUCUGAAAACCAUAAACCUAAGCAACUCCGAAAUAAGUUCGGUGGGCUGGCACAAAACAAGAUGUUUAAACGUGACCGAAAUAUUGAUAUUGUGAAGAAGGCGCAGGCUAAAGUCAUAGAGCCGAAGCGCGAUUCGUUCAACAGGCUCAAACAUCUGAAAACGUUUCUCGAGCAUGUCGAGAAUCAAGAAGCGAAGGAUUUCUUCACAGCCAAUUACUCAGUGUUGUUCUUCAUCUUCCACGACGCGUUCUCUAUUGUUGAAGCCAACAUCCGAAGUAAGGGAGUGCACAAGAGUCAGCGCGAAGAGUUCGAACAAGUACGAUUUUUGUUCGAGAAGAUUUUAACCCUGCUUCCUGAGCUGCUGGCCGAAGGAUGGCAAGCGCACAGUAUACGGAUAGCGAUGAAAAAACUACUGCAUCACGGGAACUCUUUUAAGACGCUGUGUGAAGGAAUUCGUCUGUUUAUAUUAUGGUAUCAAGCGUUGAAAGAGAACGCACCUAUCGAGGUGGACCAGAUGUUUGGGCAGCUGGUGCCGGGCAUAGUUCCACCUUCCACGGUAUCCAUCGGGCCACAAAGUCCGCAGAGAGAUGAGGCAAAAUCGCAGGAGUCCCCACCGAACCCCAAUACAAACAAGGAUCACACCUUUUAUACCGUCAUCGAAAAUGAGAUUGGUCCGGUAGUUGCCGGCGAUCAGGGCUGGCUGUUCCCGCCGGUCGCGGGAGAUAUCCAACCCGAAGAUCUCCAAUCUGCCCUUCUCGAGUUUUUGCUUCAAGCUGUCGUUGCUCAAGUCACAAAGAUCCAAUGGGCAAAACUCGUGGUAAAUGGAGUUCGUCAAUACGAACGCUGUUUCUCGUUCCUGCUCGAACGAUUCCGGGCCGUCUACGUUCCGCAUUUGUUUCCUCAUAUGUCGACUAAAUAUAGCCUCUAUACACCUAACCUAGAUCUGCCAGCGGCCGUCCGAAGUGACUCGGUGUUACUUUCACGGGUUCAGUCCGUAGUCCUACAAUGGCUUGUUUCCUACGUUUCGCCUCUUCGAGAUGAACGUGAAGCCGGUGCCACACGAAACGCGCAGCGCAUGGAGUCGUCGUUAACAUUCUAUGCAGCUAAACUUGCGUGGAAUUCGUUUGUUGAUGAUGAUAUGCAAAGGAUUGUUCCAGUGCUUCCGGAAACAGAUUUCCUGACCGUCGUUCAGCGUGCCGUUGUCCGAAAUGUCCUUUUCUCAUCGCCUGCGAAUGUUGACUUCGUACACGAACUCUUCCGUCAGUGUUUGGUCUCGCCACUCGGUCAAACACAAACAACAAAAAAAGUAAUUGCUGUAUACCGUGAAUGGAUCCAGCUAACUCACCCGGACCCGCCAUGGUUCCUGGUUGAGCAGCCAUCCGCUGAUCAACCAAGGAAUCCCGUUUAUUGUGGCCAGCAGAACCUCUAUAAGGUGUUCAUAACAAACGCGUCGAACUUCUUUCUACUAUCCCUGCCGGCUGCAGAGGGACAGCUUCUCGCGGAGCAGGUCGACCUCUGUAAACGCGUUAUGAACAUCUAUCGGUUUAUGGUUAUGAAAAAACUCAUGGAACGCGCUACUUGGGAGCAGCUUCUAUACGUCAUCCUGCACGUCACGUCUGAGGUGUUGACGCAUGACUCUCCUCGCAAAGAUACUGCAUCAGCAGGGUCGUCAGGCGCCGCUGGACCUGUAAACACCGCAGGCGUAGGUGCAACAUCGAGCAGCACUACUGAAUCGCUGGGUCAACAGUUAUCUGCUGCGUUAUUUCAAACCCUGAUCGUUACGUGGAUUAAGGCUAAUCUUCAUGCGACCAUUUGUGUCGACCUAUGGAACGGUUUUGUCAGAGUGCUUUCGACGCUAGCCCAUUGGGAGCCGCUUGUGGAUGAGUGGGCUAAGACGAUGAAGACACUCACUCGGAUCCUCACAACGCGAGUUUACAACCUCGAUUUGGACAAUCUGCCGUUGGACAGACUUAGCGAGCAACAGUCGAAACGACGGCGGGCUCUUGGGAAGGGCGGAAAAUCGCAGGACGGCGAAGGUAGACGAGGGCCCGGGUCUGGUGCGGCAGAAACAGCUUCGGGUACCGUAAGGACCCAUAGAAUCGCGAAUGACGUCGAAGGCAGUAGUAAACUUAUUCAGGGCAAGUCAAGUUUAGCGGAAUUUCUGGGCGGAGUCGGCAGUUCUGGUUCUGGGAGUGGACACAGUCCGGCUUCCCUUCAGCGCAGCUUGUCGGAUUCACACAUUUUAAUGCAUCGCCGUAACGACAUGAAUCUUGCUCAGGGUGGACGACUCGGAAGGGUCCGGUCACAACGCUUGUUAGCGUCGCCCGGCUCCGGGUCAUUCAGUGGGGGCUGCCACUUACAGCAAGAUUCUGCGUCUGCGUCUCCUGCAGCGUCAAGUUCAGCACUCGAAAGUUCUUCGAUCAAAGAUCACCAGCAGCUGAUUAAUCACGUGAUGGACUGUGCUUCGUCAGAUAACGCUGGUGGGCAAACGUCAUCGCACACACCCCUCAUCGCCGGUCAGGACAUGUUCGUCCGCCGUGGAUCGACAGCCUCCGAAUACGGCAGUCAUCGAGCGUCGGUCAGCUCCCGGUUCGACAUUGUCCGGUGCGAUUCAGCCGGCGAGCAGGCCCUGAGAGAGCAGCAGCAGCAACACCUACUCCAUCAACAGUCGUUCAGCCAUAUUCCGCCACUGACCUUCGAUGACACCGGCAUGACAACCUCAAGCACCAAUCGUAAUGCUACAGGUGGAGGCGAUGUGAACGUCGUGGGUAAUGCACUGCUUAGUAACAGUUGUAGUGGCGCUAGUGCGAAUGGGAAAGGUGAAAGCUCUGCGUCGGCUGGAGCACCGCGAAAUGGUCCAGCUGCUUCUGCAGGAGGGGCAGCGGCCGACCCUCAAAAAACAGAUGUUGGAAAAAAAGAAUCUGGUGACGCUAUGGAAGAUGGCGACGAAGAAUAUUUUGGCGAAUGUGGAGAUCCAGAUGGGCGUAGUGUGUUAGCAGGGGGAUCACAGAAAGGAUGGUGUCCGGAAGUGGCCGCUGUUCUGUGGCGUCGAAUGCUCUGUUCUCUUGGCAAUAUAAACCAGAUUGCGGAUCCGCAUAUUCAAUGCAAAAUCAUGGAACAAUUGGCCGAGCUCAGCGAAACCUUGCUCAAGGUUCGAGAGAAUCAGGGCGUGUGCGAAGACGGCUCCGUGACUUCAACGGCGCCAAUGUUCAUUCCUCCAGUGCAUAUUCUAACGCCAUGGCUGUUUGAAGCCACGAUGCUGGGCGACGAAUACGAGCGCGGCCGCCUCGUGGCAUAUACGUUGCUCUGCGAUCUCUCGCUACGCUCUCACGACGUACCGCUCAGUGCGGAGUACGUGACUAGACUGUACGAUGUCCUGCAUCGAGGCUUAACUGGCUCAAGUCCCUUGGUUCGCCAAUGUCUCGUUCGGGCGGCAGGCACACGCUUUUUCGGAGCGCGUCUACCAGGUUUCUCACUGCUGGCUUGGGACUUCACUAGGGCAGCUGGCGGUAUCCUUGAACAGCACACAUUGAAAGGGAUACCUCGUUCCGAGGCUGUCCAGUGUCUUGGUUCACAGCUGUUUCUUGGGCAGCUGUAUGGGCAGUUACAAGCACUUAACCCAGCAGAAUCCGAGUCGCAUCAGCUUCUGCCAUUAACUGGUCUUGAAGAAGAAGUGAUUUCCCGCUUAAUGGCUGCCGCUAGUGGGGAUCCAGAUUGGCAGGCCAGAUGUACGGCGUUAUGUGCAGUAUCAGUCUGGUGCUAUCAACAGCUCUUGGAGUGUUCCUAUCACGUGAAGCUUUUACCGGCGCUGACCGUUUUAUUGCAGUCGCUUCAGCCUGGCUCGGCAUCUUCUUUUCAUCAAAAGGGUGUUAAAUUCUCUAAAUGCAAUCAAUAUACCGUUUGCCAAACGGCUGCAGAAUGUCUUGCAUUACUCGCCGAGUUUGCUCCCGUAUUGCUCAGGGAUCUGCCUGUGUUACUUGACCUUGUAGUGAAGAUAUUAUCAGUUGUUCUCAUCCAACUAUAUCCUUCAGCCAAUGUUCACCAGGAAAUUAAUGAACGAUUUGCCUGCCUGGUGACAUCGCUUAUGUUUUGUCUGGCUGAAUGGAUAAUGGCUAUUCCACUUGACGAGCUUACCCGAAGCGAUGGCCUAGCGCCUACGAGUCUCCAGUGCGCGCUGACCGCCCUCGAUGGGGUGGUAAAAGGAACCAGAUCUGAUGGCAGCGUCUGGAGCGGCGGCCAAAUACCAACGUUGGCUGAACUCUUUGAAAAGCUGAAGCCGAAACGAUCAGACAACAGCAGCGGAAGUGGUGGUCAUAAGACUGGAACGAGUUCGGUAGGCCAUCAUAUCCAGUCGCCACCAGAGACCCCUGGGGGCUUAAAGCCACGUCCGCCAUUGAACACGUCAUUCAGUGACCCAGCGCGUAAUGCAACUUUGGUAUCCAGCGAUGGACGAACCCAAUCAGGAGAUGGUAACACGAACAAGGCCAACCCACACACGAAUAUUAAGUUAGCAGCAAAGGCGAUUCUGUGUCAUUUGUUAAACAAUGUUGGCCAUUUCCCGAUGAAUUCGGUCUCAUUGUCUAGUCUGUCAAGUUUGACGACUGAAAAUGAUGACGUAGCCUCGUGUCUCACGAGGUCUGGAUCGGGGGGCGCCAGCACAAUGAACUCCAGCCGCGUAGAAAAUCAAGGAGAGCUCUCGAGAUCUGCGUUUACCGCGCCCAACAUUCAGUUCUUCACGCUUAAUGAUACGGCCAUUGUUUCGCUUGUCGAGAUUCCACCCAACGACAAGUCAUCAGACGUGACAGAAGGUAAGGCCCGUACCCGUGUGAUCGUGCGGGAUCUUUGUGGAAAAUUUUCUUGGGAGUGCGUUACACUUUAUGGGCCUCUAGGAUGUCGGGUUGGGUCGUUCCCGCCAGGACCAUCACCUGACCCGUGCAUGUACUAUGCGGGAACUCGGACAAAGAACUAUCAGCAGCAACAACUUUACGCCGCUGAACAACUUCGAAUCUGUGGACAACGGCUGAGCGCGGGAGCGAUCACCGGAGGAAACGAGUCUUCGCCGCAGCAUGGCGCGUUGGUGCAAUCAACAGAUGCUGACUUGGGUAUAGAUGAAAAGACUUCGGUGCCUACUUGGCCCAUCAAUCUUUCGGAUAGCAAUAAUUCUAACGGUUCUGGUAGACUUGUGAUACAGGCGCGAGACAACGGUGCGCAUCAAUGGAACAAUAUAAAGGAUAACCUUGACAAGGUCAUUGGUUAUAUCGGAGUGAGCUCUCCCGAGUGCGCACUGCAGCAGCCGCUAAAUACAGCUCCAAAAGCGCUUGGACAGCAGAGCAGUUUAGCGGAAGCCGACCAGAUUAACGAGGUGCUUAGUUACGCAGAAGCGGAACAGGCCGAAGUAGCGGCUCUUCGAUGGAGUCCACGUCAACGAUCGGUUCCAUUGAUGCCGCCUGGCGAUCUUCACGACUCUUCGGAGGGUCCGGCAGGAUCUUCGCCGCCGCAUCAUCAAGAUCACAGCAACGGAUUGAGCCACCCGCACGGCGCCGCCGCGGGGGGAGGUUCGGCCAUUGGUCAACCACACACCUCGCUGGCCCCCUUCCAGUAUUCUAGACUGCUCCUGGACCAGCUGAACUUUCUCUCAUGGGAGAGGAGGUCGUCGAUUGCGUUGCUGCAGAAAAAUGAUAAACUUUUACGAGAACUUCGUUACCUCGACCAGCAGCGGUCACGAGAAACACACAAGAUUGCCGUAAUUUACGUGCAGGCAGGUCAAGAAGACAAGAACUCAAUCCUGAUGAAUCAGUGCGGCAGUCCCGAGUUCGAGGCAUUCGUUUCAGGUCUCGGUUGGGAUGUUGAUUUGAGAAGUCACUCGGGAUAUAGAGGUGGACUUGAUGCACACGGAAGCACCGGUCUCACUGCACCAUAUUAUGCUGAUUCGUUCGUUGAGGUCUUAUAUCAUGUAAGCACACGAAUCCCUGCCCACGAAAAGGACGCCAUGACGAAAAAACUUCGACAUCUUGGAAAUGAUGAGGUUCACGUCGUGUGGAGUGAGCACGCUAGAGAAUACAGACGUGGCAUAAUUGCGACAGAAUUUGGUGAUGUUUUUAUUGUACUCUACCCAUUGCCCGAUGGCCUCUGUCGGGUGCAAAUUAACGCUAAGCAUGACGUACCAUUCUUUGGACCCCUUUUCGAUGGGUCUAUUGUUGAUCAGCGCGUGCUGCCCGCGCUGGUUCGUGCGACUGCUAUAAACGCAGAUCGUGCUGUGAAUUCACUGAAACUCAUGUUUCGCAGCUUCUACGAAGUCCGCUCUACGUUGAUCGAAAACAUUUGCUCGAACUUCAAAGAGCCUGCCACGUUUGAAGAGUUCGCUUGCAAGGUAUUUCAGCCAGGAAGUCCCCGUGGCGCAUCCGCCAGCGUAACAGCGUCCGGGCUAAGCGGUUCCUCUAGUUACACCUCCUACCAGGCUUCUUCUCAGCAUAUGUCUAGCGGUUCAGUCACUCAUGGACCUGCGAUAAACAUAAAGAGCGGUGCUUCAUCGGAGAUAGCAGCCGACCAAUCGCCGGCGAUCUCCUCAACUUCAACGAACAGCGGCGGGCUCCAUCACCAUAGCGGGAUCGAUUCGAAUAUCUCGGCUAUGGCUAAUUCUACAAGCGGUACAUCAAGCGCGGCCGCUGUAACAGGUUCUGCUGGGGGGGCAGGGGCAAGUCAUCAAGGAAGUGCCAUGACUUCUGGCUCACCACCCUCACCACAGGCGCCCCCACGAGCGCAUCGUAUCGAUAGUAACCAUCACAUAGUGCCGUCAACUUGGUCACAAGACCGGGGCUGAACAUCCGAACAGUCUAAAUAGAUGCCUAGUUAAAGCUGGACGACCGACUCAGGUGCGGGCGUCAGAGGCGAGCGAGAAACAACAGCUAGAGGACGCGGCAUUUGCUAUCCGGUAACGGUGACGAACUGCGUUAAAACAUUAUCCAAAUAGCUCUUAAAAAUAGCAGAAUAUAGCAAGUAUGGUUUCUCUCGUGGAAGCUUUGCGAGAACCUGUCUAAAGAUAGUGUCGGAUACGGCAUUAUAAUCGCCAUGAAACAAAAAAGCCUAGCGUAAAGGCCACCAUAAAACAGUUAACGGCAGAAAAAUCUGUCUGUAAGGUGCGUGCGUGUAUCUCACAAAUUUCCAGAACAACAACAAGACAGCCAAGGAAAAAUGGAUAAACGGGAAGGAAAACAAACAUAAAAGGAGAAGCGAUGGUUAUAAGGUGUACUGACGUGAAAAGUUGGCGGCGGAAAAUUACUCGAAUCUUUUCAUUCGGUAGAGCUAAUUCGUACUAACAGUAGAAUGAACGCAAUAGCCCAGGAGUAAAGUUCACUCAUCGUUCAAUAAUCUCCUAAGCAGAACUUCCUCAAUACAGAAAUCAACAUCGAACAUUUUACCUGAAAAAAACUAAAACUCGUUGUAAUUCAGACGCCGUACCAGGAAAUCAAGGAAGUAUGUUAGCCAAGCUUUAUUUUGAUUAUUACUAUUUAUUAUUAUACUUACGAGAACUCAAUUGUGCAAACCAGUUACCUCUGACUCCGAUUAAAACCAUCGUCAACCCUCACGCUUUGUUUCAAGUUCUCAGCUUCUUCCCCAGGCAGUCACAAUUAAGAGAGAGACAUUUGCUCACUCGCAAAAUUAGCCACACUCAAAGCCCGGUGGGGCUUUACUGGGUGAAGAAAAAUAAGUGGCUGAAUUCACUGCAUUACAAUCCGUGCAUAGAAAGUACGUCAACGAUUCGUCACACCGAAUAUACGUCGAUAUGUGAACGAAAUAUUCUCACUGAACGCUAACGUACAUCCACGCGAUACGCAAAGUCCAACCCCAACGGCGCCGGCUAUUUACUGCAGUUUGAUUGAUGCUCUUGCAGAAGACACCCCCUACCAAGCAAGAGAAGAAGCUGGAACAAUUAUGACAAUGGAGCAAAUUCAGAAACGAAUCAGUCGCUUAGAUGAAUUCCCUUCAAUCUGCAGCAGUUAUCACGAAUCACGACCACAACCACAACGUAUUUUUGCAGCGAAAGAAUAUUUCCAGUUACACUACCUAUACCUUAUGUAAUAAUAACUCCACCCGAUAACAUCAUACAAGAUAACCACAAGGUUUUAUUAGAUGAUCAGGCAGCAGGACAACAAACUGAUGAUUGAUAACUAAAUCUAGAACUGUUCACACCACCGCGCUAUUUUAAGACGGAACGUUUUGUGGGGUUUCCUUCUUGGAACUUCUCGCAAAGAAGUUAACCUGAUGAUUCGAACCAUUAUUACCUGUUGUACACACAUAUAGUGCAGACAUAAUACGGCGUGCAGGUGUAAAUUCAUGUAAAGUAUACGUGACAGGAUAUGAAACGGGAACAUGCUGGGAUCUGUAGGACCGAUUGUUACAGAAUUUUAGUGAAUUUAGAGAAGUGUGCCAGUUCAAUAUGAAUCUAAUAUAUAUUAUAUAAAUAGUAGCACCGUGAAAAUGUGUGGCUAUGUCUCUUGGGUUAAAUGUCUACCUUCUAAUGUUUGCGUAAGUGGAUCAUCAUCAUCAUUUUAAUAUCGUAAUUUGUUCAUAACAAAAAAAAAAACGAAUCGUAACUAUCAAUUAUAAGAGUAAUAUUUCUCAUGUUUCUUAAUAUAAUGAAGAGUUUAUCCGCUAAAGGUGUUUAUGCACGUAUAUCGAUGGUCAGUCUAACAAAAAUAAAA